GCAGCAGCAGUGGAAUGCGAGCGGGUGAGGCCAGAGCACAGGUCGGCGGGCAGCAACAGUAGCAGCAGCAGCAGUAGUAGCAGACGUACACACACACACACAUACAUACACCUCUCGCCCUCAUGGAGAAGCGCUACUUCAGCAUGGCCGAGGUGGAGCAGCACGCCUCGGCCGAAUCCUGCUGGAUCGUCCACGAAAACCGGGUGUACGACGUGUCCGCCUUCAUCCCGCGGCACCCGGGCGGGCAGCAGCUGCUUGUUCAGCGGGCGGGCAGGGACGUGAGCCGGGACAUGGAGGGGCCGCCUCACCGCCACAGCACCAACGCCCGCCGCUGGCUGCAGCAAUACUACAUCGGGGAGUUGAGGCGUGAGGAUGACCAGGGAGAGGAAGAAGAGCUGGAACAAUUCAGCCAGAAACAGCAGGCAUUUAGAGAAAGACGAAUAAACCAUCAAGCAUCGGGUUUGGUGAUGGAUGGCAGGUGCAAGUCGGUGGAUCCAGAAAAUGAUUUAGUGGACUGGAAUAAGCCUUUGUUGUGGCAAGUUGGUCUUUUACGUGAGAAGUACGAUGAAUGGGUGCAUCAGCCAAUAGAUCGGCCUAUACGCCUCUUCUAUUCUGAUCUCGUAGAAGCUUGUUCAAAAACAGCCUGGUAUAUGGUGCCAUUGGUUUGGGUUCCCAUUGUGAUUCUUUGUAGUUGGUAUUGCUACACUGACCUCGCGCAAGGCAACACUAGAAUUUUCACAUCUUUCACAACAGAAUACUCCAUCCGUGUCCACAAGUACUGCUUCCCUCUAUUAUUCGUGUUUGGGAUGUUUCUGUGGUCCUUGGUUGAGUACCUGAUCCAUCGAUACGUUUUCCAUAUGAAGCCACCUGCUAGCAAUUACUAUCUCAUCACUCUUCACUUCAUGCUUCACGGACAGCAUCACAAGUCCCCAUUCGAUGGCUCCCGGCUGGUCUUCCCACCUGUUCCAGCAUCACUCGUCGUAGCUUUAUUUUAUACUGCUUUCCACUUGAUUGCUCCAGGAGCAGUUGGCAAAUCCAUCUUUGUCGGUGGUCUUGGUGGCUAUGUCGUUUAUGAUAUGAUACAUUAUUAUCUGCAUUACGGAUCUCCAAAGAAGGGCAGCUACCUCUACGGACUUAAAGCAUACCAUGUAAAGCAUCAUUUUGAACAUCAAAAAUUAGGAUUUGGAAUUACUAGUAGGCUGUGGGACUACCCAUUUAAAACGGUAAUUCCAGAAGAAACAUUUGAGAAGAUUCACUGAUAUCAACAAUCGAUCUUCAGAUCCACACAAUUAAUGCCUCAUCAAUCAGCCAGCCUCUUGAGAAUCUAUAUCCCAUACUUCCCUACGUAUGGCCAGACUCGUGCCUUCAACCCUCCUCUUCAGCUCCACGUAGGAUUUCUUCCUCGUCUGGAAAAGUUAAAAGCUUCACUGCUUUCUGACUCUGUCCAAAAUGUUGUACCCCAAUCUUUUUCUAACAUAAGUGCCUGAUCUCAGAGAACCAUAUUGCCUGUUGAUCAAUAUUUAUUAAUUAAUUGUUAAAUAUUUUUUUUGGACCUUUGUCUAUAAAUCUUGUCAAAGCUGUUAUGUAUUGUGGGGAGUAUUAACACUAAUGUUUGGGCUUUGAAUUUUAAGCAGUUUGUGGUUAGCAAGCACACUGAAAAAGGGAAAUAAAAAACCUGCACAAAUUAAUUAUCAUGUUUAUGCUUAGUGUUAAUUCCCAUAUUAACAGAUCUGAUGAACAGUGAAAACCGCAAUCUAACGUUUUUACUUGUUUUAUCGCCUAACGACUCAGAAGUUAUCUCUAAUUUCCAAACCUCAAAGCUUGCCUGCACAAAGAAUUUCCUCUGGGUUUAGUUAAGGUUUUUACAAUUAUGUCGCUUUAUUCCCUCAUACGUGGUGUGGAUUCCACGUUAUUUCCAGUUACGUAAACCCUUAAAUGUAGUUGCUCCAGCCCUGCCUUUUUUAUGCAUUCAAAUUACACAGAUCACACCAGCACUGUGCAUUAAUUCCCUUUAAAUAUGAUGCUCCUGGCUACAAUGCUUUGAGAGUAGCUGCUUUGUAUGCACCCAGUAUUUAAUAAGAACCUAGGCCAUGAAGAAUUUGCUCCUUCAACCUUUUAGGGCAUUGAAUAAAUUGUACAUUUUCCCUGUUGCAAAACUUUCAACAAAAAUGCUGUGAAACACUGAAGCCCUUUAUUGUAAUUUUGAAUCUCUUAUCUACAGGUGAGCGAUUUGCUUUGCACAAAAUAGUUAGGUCAUCAGUAGAACCACAGAACAGCAAUUGGAAAUUUGUAUCUCAAGGGUAUUGCAGUAAAGUUUGAUGGGUAGAUGUUUCAACUAACUACUAAUGGGGCAUAUAGAUGCCGAAGACAUUCUCUGCCCUUUAAGUCUGCUGUCUUGCAACAGAGAGACUUAGCAUUUUAACAGUGAAUUCUUUUCGAUAGCUCAACCCCUUAAAUUGUAGUUUCUCUUAACACUUGGAUCUUCUAUUUUUUUUUUGACACUGAUUAUAUGGUAUAAAUGUAACCUGAAUGGUUUAGUUCCAUAACUUUCUGGGACUAAAUGCUGGCUUAUCGAUGCAGAUGAAGAAAUUUUAAUUUCUAUUAUUUUACUGCAAAAUGUUGAUUCGUUGUGAAUUCUGAAGAGAUUCUUUUCAAGGUGAAAUGUAACUGUAAAUAAAGGUCUGUAUAUUUUGAAAAAAGUUUUUGUCCAAAUUCUCUUCCCAAGCAAUGUAUUUGCAAUUUCUCCAGUUUCAGCAUUCUAAUAAGGAUAUAGUUGUUUCACCAAAUUUGGGAACUGGAUGACGUUACUGUUUCAAGCCUCCCUAGCUGGUGUAUCGCCACUUAUGCUGGUGGAUACCUGUUGAUCAAAACACGAUAGGAUUUUUUUAGUCCAGAGAUAUUGAAGAAUGUAUGGCAUUAUUUUUAUACUCUGCUUAUACAUCAGUUUAUCUUGCAUAUUUUUGUGCAGUGAUUUUAGUUUAGAAAUUAAAUUCAUGUUAAUCCUUAGAAUCAGUGGUACGAUUUGAAAGUUUUUUUUUCCCCCCCCCUAACUUGAACCAGAACCCCAGAUCUAUUGUUUAAUAUCCUUUCCAAAGGAGUUGCCAGUUUUGGUGACCCUUGUCUGUUAAUUGUUUGCAGGACUGUUGAGCCAUUAGUUUGGUCGCCACCAUUUGAUGCACCCAGUAUAUGAAACACUAAUUGAAGAGAAAAUUAAACGUUACAAUUUAAAACUAACGGUCUGUUCUGCCAACGUAACUCUCUCCUUUCUCAAUGCUGAACUUAGGAAAUGUUCCUCAUGUGGAAUGUCAUGUAAAAUGCAAAUCUUAAACCUCUGUCCAAUUGGCCAUUGCUGAAAUGUUUACUAGGCCUGGUGUUUUGAGAAAAUUAGAACUUUUUUAUUGACAAACAAUUAUGAACUCGGCAACUGAGGGAUAUUGUAAAAUGGUCUUGCUUGGGGUCGUGUGAAACUACAAGUUAUUUUGCAGAGUGGAACAUACCCCUUGUACAGCAUUGCCCAGGCAGUAGAAUCUUGUGUACUGUUAAUAGAUUUACAUCUGAAGCAUUGUAUCAAUUUGCUUUUGAUAGACUAAAUGUUAAUAAAUUUCUAGUGUAUAAAAUGAGCCAAUUGGAGAUCUAUAAAGAAUUUUGUUCCAGAAUGCGAAUUUGUAACCAUAAAAUUAAUAUUUGAUUUACCGAG